AUGGCAAAUUUGCAAUUUACAAUUUUUGUUGUUCUCUUCAUCUUCAUUGCAGCAAUAUCCAUUAAAGCUGAAACAGUAGAGCUUGAAAAACGAACCGACUCGAGUCCAAAUAAUUCUAAAAGAAAUGAAUUGAGUAAAAGAAAUGAAGACAAAGUAUGCAAAUGUACGAUCGCCGAAGCGAUUUUCGAUUCUUCAUUUAAGGGUUUAUUCUUCUUUUCACAAGACGAAUGUGGCAGCACGACUAUUGCAGGAAUGUUCAGCCGUGGAUUUGAGACUUUGGAUUCUACUGACGAUAUUAGUUUUGAAAUAGUUGAUAAUAGCAAUCGCACACUCCAUGAUCUCACGGAUGGAUUGAAUGUUCAAUUUUGUGAUGAUGGUAGUACCAAGCCUUUUACACACACAUUUCCCGAAAUCAAUUUGGAUUGUAAUAAGGAUGGUAUCUUUGUCCCGGAAGUUGGUAAAUAUAGCAAACGUGCCGCCGAUCAACCACCUGCGGUAGAAGUUAAAAAGGGUAAAAACAGAAAUCAAAAUGUGUCUAAAGCGCAAAUUAAGAAAUUUUUUCCAAAAAAAUAA